UUAUAUACGUGUUUCUGUGCACUCAUACUUGUUCUUGUUCUUGUGUGUGCUUAUACGUUUUUACACAAAUGGUCCCAAGUCCCAACGCCGUAGGUCCGAGUCUCUGUCAGAGAUCAGAAGUCAGAACUCAAGUUUUUGGGAUUGCUUAACUUUUUUCUUUUAGACACAGCGUUUAAGAAUGGAGAAGCCACAAAAAAUGCCCAAAGUGGCAAAGGUGAAAAACAAAGCACCCGCUGAAAUCCAGAUCACAGCAGAACAGCUUUUGCGUGAAGCAAAAGAGCGAGAUUUAGAAAUCUUACCACCGCCUCCAAAACAAAAGAUCUCUGAUCCACAUGAGUUGGCUGAUUAUCAGCAUCGGAAAAGAAAAACUUUUGAAGAUUCAAUCAGGAAAAACCGUUUGUCUAUUGCAACAUGGAUAAAAUAUGCACAUUGGGAGGAGACUCAAAAACAGAUAGAAAGAGCGAGAUCUAUUUACGAAAGAGCACUAGACGUAGAUCACAGAAACAUAGUAUUAUGGCUAAAGUAUUCAGAAAUGGAAAUGAGAAACCGACAGGUGAAUCACGCCAGGAAUUUGUGGGACAGAGCCGUUACAAUUUUGCCAAGAGUAAAUCAGUUUUGGUACAAAUAUACAUACAUGGAAGAAAUGUUGGAAAAUAUAGCCGGUGCUCGUCAAGUAUUUGAACGCUGGAUGGAAUGGGAACCACAUGAGCAAGCCUGGCAGACUUAUAUUAAUUUUGAACUCAGGUACAAGGAACUUGAAAGAGCCAGACAAAUAUUUGAAAGAUUCGUUAUGGUCCAUCCAGUGGUUAAGCAUUGGAUAAAAUAUGCUCGAUUUGAAGAGUCUCACGGCUACGUGAAUGGUGCUCGUAGAGUAUAUGAGAGGGCAGUUACUUUUUUUGGGGAUGAAAACAUUGAAGAAAAGUUAAUCAUUGCCUUUGCAAAGUUUGAAGAGGGUCAAAGAGAACAUGACAGAGCCAGAGUCAUUUAUAAAUAUGCAUUAGACCAUAUUCCUAAGGAAAAAACACAAGAAAUUUAUAAAUCUUACACGAUUCAUGAGAAAAAGUACGGUGAUCGCUCAGGCAUUGAGGAUGUGAUUGUUAGUAAAAGAAAACACCAGUAUGAGCAGGAAGUCAAAGAAAAUCCUUCUAAUUAUGAUGCGUGGUUUGAUUAUUUGCGAUUGGUAGAGUCGGAAGGAAACGUUGAUGUUAUCAGGGAAACUUAUGAAAGAGCUAUUGCAAACGUACCCCCUACUAAGGAUAAAGAAUUUUGGCGGAGGUACAUUUACCUGUGGAUAAACUAUGCUAUUUUUGAGGAACUAGAGGCAGAAGAUGUCGAGAGAUGUCGUCAAGUUUACAAGGUGUGUUUAGAAAUGAUACCCCAUAAACAUUUUACUUUUUCGAAAAUGUGGCUGUACUAUGCACAGUUUGAAAUCAGACAGAAAAAUCUUAUUGUAGCCAGAAAAACGCUUGGUAUGGCACUUGGCAUUUGUCCAAGGGACAAGCUGUACCGUAAUUAUAUAGAUUUAGAAAUCCAACUACGAGAGUUUGACAGAUGCAGAAUAUUGUAUCAAAAAUUUUUGGAAUUCAAUCCAGAGAAUUGCACCACAUGGAUGAAAUUUGCAGAACUUGAAGCUUCGUUGGGUGACACUGAAAGAGCUCGGGCUAUAUAUGAGUUAGCCGUCAGCCAACCAAGACUCGAUAUGCCUGAGGUGACAUGGAAGGCUUACAUAGAUUUUGAAGUCACGCAACAAGAGCCGGAUCAUGCUAGACAGUUGUACGAAAGAUUACUUGAACGAACAUUGCAUGUCAAGGUUUGGAUAGCAUAUGCGAAAUUUGAAAUGACGAAUACAGUGUCGGAAGAAGACGUAAACAAUGUCGACUUGGCCAGACGCAUUUAUGAACGUGGAAAUGAUUCUUUGAAAUCUCAAGGAGAUAAAGAAAGUCGGGCAUUACUGCUGGAGGCGUGGCGUGUCUUUGAAAAUGAGUUUGGUGAUGAUAACAGUCGCGCAAAAAUUGCAGCAAAAAUGCCACGUCGAGUCAAGCAGAGGAGGAGAGUUAUUUCCGAAGAUGGGAGCGACGAUGGUUGGGAAGAAGUGUUUGAAUUUAUAUUUCCUGAAGAUGAACAAAAUCGUCCUAAUCUCAAGAUUCUGGCUUCAGCUCAAGCAUGGUUGAAACAAAAAGCUGAAAAAGAAGCGAAAGAAAAGGAGAAAGUGGCUAGUGAAUAA